GGCAGCGCCGGUCGUGAGGAGGUGGUCAGCAUGGGAAAGGAGGAGGAGCAGAAGGACGAGGAGGAGGAGCGGCUCAUGGGGCUCAUGUUGGAAGGGUUGCAUGCUGACGUGGCAGGCGGCGGCGGUAAUGACGUCCGCACCCGGCACCCGGCGCUGCUGGCUACAGCCGGGGUGGCAGCGCCGACUGGGGGGCUCUCCGGCGGCGGGGACCGCAGUGGUAGUGGUUGUGGAGGAGAUGGUGGCGGGUGCGAGGGCGGCGGGGAGUGGUGGCUGGAGUCCCUGGCGGUGCGGCCCAGGAGCGGUCGAGGAGCCAUGCUUACGAGUCUCACGCUGAGCCCCGACGGCAGCUCCUUGCUGUUGCUGGACACAGCAAACCGCCAACUGCUACAUCUGGAUCUCAACCGACAUCCCAACCACCCAUGGACGAGCACCUAUCCUGGUCGCCAGCGGAACGGCCGCCUCGGCAGCCCUUGUGCUAUCCGGGUCCUGCCUUUGGCAGUGGAACAAUCCCAAUUAAAGCGGCGCCCGCGCCAACCUAAGCAGGAUAGCCAUUAUCAUCAACAGCAGCAGCAGCAAGUGCAGCAGCAGGACAGCAAUGAAUGGGAGCACAAGGACGGGACGGGGCCGAAGGAGCUGGGUGACCGGGCAGCCUGCUUGCCAGCGGUGCAUGGAGCUGGAGGAGGCAGCGCGAGGUGCAGCAGCAGUGGUGGCAACAGCGGCAGCAGCGGCGGUGGAGGAGGAGGAGCCAGUGCAUGUGUGGAGGGGAGCAGCUCUUAUACCGUUAGCAGCGGAGGCGGUUGUCGCGAGAAUGGCGGUGUUGAUGGUGCUGCUGCUGGAGGCCUGCGACGGCUGCGGCGGGGGUGGUGUUGCUGCCUGGCGGUGUUGGGAGGCGGGCGGGAGGUGCUGGUAGCGGGGGAGUGCGGGCUGCUGGGCUGGAGGUUUGGGGACUGAUGAUAGUGAAGGAGAAGAAGGAGGUGACGAGCAGGGAAACGCAGCGCAGUCUUAGGUAUGCUGUGCGCAGGUGUGAUGGUUGAAAAAGGAGGUGCGGUUGCUGGAGCCUGCUUUUGGAACAAUUCAAAACUUGAUCUUUUUCCUUGGUUGAAUAUAAUGAAUAAAACAUACGGCGUGCACCCUUUUGUGUACACUGGAAAAGAUGUAUCCCGGCCGGAGUCGAAGAAAGGUAGCUGUAUUAGACGUGUCAAUAGCAGGUCUUGUGCUCGGAUGCCCUGUGGCCCCUUUCACUAGCCCACCAAGAACCGGUAUUUCGAUGAAACACGCCAGCCAUGCUUGCCAUAUGGAGGAGAAGCGAGCGGUGUACGGCGGUGGGUAUUCCGUUUUAUUUUUAUUGAAAUUUGUACGGUAGGCAUACAGGGGUUAAUUCCUUCCUUGGGCUCGCAAUCGUGCUCAUGCAAUUGCUGUUGCUACGGCAGAGUUCUGGCGUCGGGACAGAUAACUAACGGUUUCGGCAACGUUUACAGGUUGAACGACCGCUUCUCUUGUACGGCGGAGUGCGUGGUUUAGUGGGUCCGGGGACCCUCCGGGAAAUCGGGUUAAAUGACAGGUCUCUCCCAACUCCCGCCCAACCAUGCUUCGGGCUCGAAAUCACUGUGACAGACAUAAACUAAUGUAAAUGGCAAAGCGCCCUGUGCAGGGGACGCUUCUUUAUUGGGUCAGGG